AUGCAUUCAACAGCAUGGGGCUUGGUGCAGACUUUUGCUACCGACAGCCUGCCGACCUGGAAUGCUUCACCGCAGAAGAACCAAGGAGACUGUGACAAAGAGAAGACUACCGGCGCUGUCGCUGCCAAAGUCUUGCCCUGGAUUCAAGACACAAUGCAAGGCUUUGGGGUUGGUUUGCGGCGGACUGAAAGUGAACGGCUCAUCGGAUGGUGCAACUAUGUUACUUCUGGUGUGCUAUCGGCAGGGAAGGCUGAGUUCACAGUCAACACCAUCACUUCCAUGGCCCAUGCCAACCCAAGAACCUUCUGCGCCGUCGUGAUGCUUCCAAAUCGAUCCGGCGACCUGAGAACGCCAACCAAGUGCCUUGCCUUUAUUUCAUCAUGUUUUAAUAGGAAAGCAAAUGGUGCCAUGUUUUGUAGAGCUAUCGAUGCCGUCGCCAUGGACGAAGACGAGGAAGACAACCAUGACAAAGCAGACUCAGCUGAAGCUGUUCCGCAUGAGUUUGUCUACAAGGUCAAGAACUAUUUCUUGGAGUCUGAGCGUGCUCUUCGUGUGAAAACUUGCACCCUGGUGUUCGACGAGGCCACAGUGUAUGGCAACCGCAGUGGCUGCCAUCAGUGCUUGCUGAUCACUGCGUCCGACAAGCACAAUGUGUUCCACAAGUCGAAGGCUUGGCGCACAAGCGUUGUGCAGGGCGCCUCCAUGCUGCCAAGAGGCGACAUGGUCAAGGUGGAGCGCCCAUCCAAAGUCUUUGCCUCGGAUGGCAAGCUGACACGCGUUCAAGAGCUCAAGCAGCACCUUGCCGGCUCGUCCGUGGUGGAGUCCUUUGUCAAUGCCCUAUGUGAACCGGCUGAGAACCACAACAUUUUGGUGGACUUCUUGGGGUUUGAUGGUUGGCCAGCAGCGUACGUUUUGGGUCAGAUUUGCAAGGGACACAAAUUUGCUGCAGGCACAAUCUGCCAUUCCUUGUAUGAGACCAAAUUUGUUGGGGAGAUGACCAGCAACAAGAUCUUCUCGCUUGCCCGCGAGAACAAGCUCAAGAUCCCGGGCUUUCCCAACUUCAUGUCUGUCAUCAAGGAUUUGAAAAAGAGCAACCAGUCCAACACACAGCCGCAGUACACUGUGUGCACUCCCCUGGCUGAUGGCGGCCUUGUGAUCAAAUCAGCGUUGAUCGACUUGUGGACUAUCAAAAACGAUGGGUUCCAAGAUGAAGCCGAAGCUUUGAUCAAAGACCACAAUGCCCGCUACAAUCCUCGGGGCGUCAAGCGUGGAGCUGAGCCUUCUGAGCAGCCAAGCGCCAAGUCAGAAGAGCCACAACAGAAAAAGUUGUGCAUCGACAAGACGAUGCCCUUGGUGGAUGAGGUCACUUUGGCAUGUGGCUCCUUCAAGCUUCUGCUGGACAAAAACGAUGAGGUCUUGUGGAUUGGCCCAGAGAAAACCGGCUCUCCAGUGGAGAUCAGCGCCUACACAGAACUUUGGGGAUUUGGGACUUCCGACAUCAUGAACGACAGCAGCAAGUCUGGGAGGUGGCUAUCCUAUCAAAUAAUGUCCUUGGAUGACUUGGUCAUUGCAGAGGCUGAUAAGAAGCUGGGUGACCACAUCGAGUCUCUGAGCGUGGUGAAAAUCACUGAGUUGCUGCGCGCCCUGGAGAAUGCUGGUGAGAUUGGGGUCAGCAUUGCUAUCCACACUGUGGAUGGGACAGCUGUGAAAAGGACAAAGCCGUGCUGCUUCGUUUUGGACCCCCCUAAAGAGAAGACCUUGCUGAAGAAGGGUGGAAAGGAGAUUGCGCCCAUUCGACCAGUGGCAAUUCUUCCUGGGUCGAUGUCAUGCGAGGCUGACAAGCUCUACCGCCUGAUGUGA